AUGUCUUUACCAAAUGAUGAAAGUCCUAUAAUAAAUGAGGACAUUGAAAAUGAUGUUACCAGUAGCCGCAGAACUUUAGUUCAGUCAGGAAUUGUUGAAGAAACAACAGGAUGGAUCAAAAGCCGUACAGUAUUAGGUAUCAUGGGUUUUUUGGGCUUCGCCAAUGUUUAUGCUAUGAGGGUGAAUCUAUCUGUAGCUAUUGUAGCGAUGAUAAAUUCAACAGCUCCAUUGCCAUCAAAUGAAACACUGGAUGUGUGUCAAGCACCACCUGCUUCAAAUACAUCAACACCAACUAGGCCCGGUGACUUUAACUGGUCAGCAGAACAACAAAGUAUAAUAUUAGGAUCAUUCUUUUAUGGAUAUGUUUUAACACAGGUCCCAGGAGGUAGGAUAGCUGAAAUAUUUGGGGGUAAAUUAGUGUAUGGUAUUGGCGUACUGCUGACAGCCAUUUUCACAAUAUUAAGCCCCAUAGCGGCCUUUGUUGAUUUUAAAUUCUUUAUUGUCGUUAGAGUAUUAGAAGGACUUGGAGAAGGCGUUACAUAUCCAGCUAUGCAUGCAAUGCUGGCUAGAUGGAUACCACCUUUGGAAAGGUCAAAAUUUGCUGCAUAUGUGUAUGCAGGGUCAAAUAUAGGUACGGUCAUAUCACUGCCAAUAUCCGGCUGGUUGUGUACACUGGAUCUCGGGGGAGGUUGGCCUCUAUGUUUCUACCUCUUUGGUGGUCUUGGUGUGCUCUGGUUUAUUGCAUGGAUGUUUUUAAUUUAUGACACACCCCAAAAACACCCUAGAAUAUGUCCGAAGGAGGUGGAAUAUAUCGCACAAUCUAUUGGACCACAGGAGGAAAAGUCAUCGAUGUCCAUUCCGUGGUGCAAAUUCCUCACUUGCUUACCACUGUGGGCAAUCUUGAUAGCACAGUGUGGCCAGUCAUGGCUAUUCUACACACAACUCACGGAAUUACCAACAUACAUGAAUAAUAUACUUCAUUUCGAUAUUGUCUCUAAUGCACGACUGUCCGCACUACCUUACCUGACCGCGUGGAUCGCUGGUAUUCUCAUCAGUAUUUUUGCCGAUUGGCUGCUCGCUAAGGGUUGGAUUUCGAGGUUGAACAGCAUGAAGUUGUGGAAUACAGUUGCGGCGUUUGUACCAGCUUUUGGACUCCUAGGAAUUGCAUGGGCGGGCUGCGAUCGUAUCGCGGUUAUGCUCUUACUCAGUAUAACUUCGGCGUUCGGUGGAGCAGUAUUUGCUGGUAACCAAAUGAAUCACAUUGACUUAUCGCCCCAGUUCGCGGGCACAAUGUAUGGAAUUACGAACGCCGCUAGUAAUAUUUGCGGUUUCAUGGCGCCCUAUGUUAUCGGGCAGAUCAUCAGCUCGGAACAGCAAACAUUGGGUCAAUGGCGCGAGGUGUUUUAUUUAGCAGCCGCCAUAGACUUAGGCGCCAAUCUUUUUUACUUAUUCUUUGCGAGCACCGAUGAACAGGAUUGGUCUAUACCAGACAACGACGAUAUGACUGCGUCAGCUCCGGUCGACAGUAUACUGUUCCCGGAAUCUUAG